UAAAGAUGUACAGAACCACUAGAUCACCAAUGAUGCAAUCCCUUGUCAACUCAGGAAUGGGCGUGGCUCCUUUCUUCAAGGUGACUGUGUUCGAGCAGGAGCACUUCCAGGGCAAGUGCCAGGAGUUCACCUCUGAGUGCUGCAACAUCCACGAGUGUGGUCUAGACAUCAUCCGCUCCAUCAGAGUGGAGAGUGGAGCCUGGGUGGGCUUUGAGCACCAUGACUUCCAGGGCCAGCAGUUCAUCCUGGAGAGAGGAGAGUACCCCCACUGGGACGCCUACAGUGGCUCCCUGUCCUACCACGUGGAGCGCCUCAUGUCCCUGCGUCCCAUCUACUGUGCUUCCCACAUGAGCAGUCGUAUGAUGAUCUUUGAGAGAGAGAACUUCAUGGGCCGCAGUGUUGAGCUGUGUGACGACUACCCCUCCCUGCAGGCUAUGGGCUGGUCCAUGCCCGAGGUCGGCUCCAUGCACGUGCAGUGUGGCGCCUUUGUGUGCUACCAGUACCCCGGCUACAGGGGCCAGCAGUACAUCAUGGAGUGUGAGAGACACAGUGGAGACUACCAGCACUGGAAGAACUGGGGCUCCCACUCCCAGACCCCCCAGAUCCAGUCUAUCCGCCGUAUCCAGCAUUAA